GUGCAUCGAAUCGCUAAACUUAUUGAUCCAUUUCCUUGAUUACCAACCUCGAGAGCUUCUUCUGAUUAUCUUUAUUAUCAUUUUUAUUUUUAUUUUUAUUAACCUCAACUUACUCACUCUUUAAACUAAUCAUCAUCUUCAAUCGAUACUCAAACCAACCGAUCCCAUCUCAAUCCAACCCAUAAACUCAUCUCGAUUCUCAACAAAACACAAAAAUGUCUUCACUCAAACAACAACCAACACCUGAACCACAAGAUUUAAAAAGCAAUCGAAUCUAUUUACCCGAAGAUGUUGCUCUUCAUCAGACUCUUAAAGAUCUUUGGGUCUCAUUCAAUGGAAAGGUUUAUAAUCUAUCCCACUUUGCUUCAGAUCAUCCAGGUGGAGAUGAAUUACUACUCAAAUACGCUGGUAAAGACCUCGGUGCAGCCAUGAAAGAUCCAGACGAACAUGUUCAUUCAGAUUCAGCAUACUCAAUGUUGAACGAAUUCCAAAUCGGGAUCAUUGGCAAUCCCGAAACGAUAGUAGAUCCGAACCUAAUCAUUGAUGAUGAUUUCAAACCGAGCUCAACCGAUAUUACUGAUGAUUUUAAUCGAAACCGAUUCUUAGAUUUAAACCAACCUUUGAUUAUGCAAAUGUGGAAUUGUAACUUUUCUAAAAACUUUUAUCUUCAACAAGUUCAUCAACCUAGACAUCUUUCACAACCGGCUAGAUUGUUUGGUCCUUGGUAUUUAGAAAUGUUUACAAGAACGUCUUGGUAUGUGGUUCCAUUGGUUUGGUUACCGAUUGCCACGUUGAUUGGGAUCAGAUCGGUACAACAACAUUUGGAGAAUGGUGAUGAGUUACAGAUUGGCUUGGCGAAGACUUUGGGUUGUUUUUUGUUGGGCAAUUUGAUUUGGACUAUCUUGGAAUAUGUUCUUCAUCGGUUCUUGUUUCAUAUUGAUGGAGUCUUACCUGAUCGUCCUAUCUUUCUCAUGUUACAUUUCUUACUACAUGGAGUACAUCAUUAUUUACCAAUGGAUCGACUUCGAUUAGUGAUGCCACCAUUACUCUUCUUAGUCUUGUCUUAUCCAUUCACUCAAUUGGGACAUGCACUCUUCCCAGCUGCUUAUGCUAAUGGGAUCAUUUCGGGUGCAUUUGCGUUUUAUGUACUUUAUGAUUGUACUCAUUAUGCUUUACAUCAUACUCAGUUACCCAAUUAUAUUAAAGAAAUGAAAAUCUAUCAUAUGGCUCAUCAUUUUAAAGAUGCUGAUCUUGGAUUCGGUGUGACUUCUAAGAUUUGGGAUUAUGCUUUUGGAACAGUUUUACCUGUUCGAUAAAUGAUCAAUGAGGUUUAUUUGAUUAGAUUUUCUUCUUUUUUUUUCUAAGAUUUUAUUGAGCUUUUCCUGUUGUGUUUUUUUGUGUUUUUUUUUUCUUUUUGGAUACCGUUUGUUUUUUCUUACAUGGUUUUUUUCAUGAUUUCUUUUUUUUUCGUUUGCUCGUCUUUGUUAUUUUUUUUGUUUGAAAAUUCUUAUUUUUGGUUUUCUUUUUUAAAAGCACUUUUUUUGAAUGAAUGAAUGAUUAAGAAAGAUUGUGAUUUGGUUUUUUUUAAAACUUGUUGCUUUUUAAUUUUUUUUUUCUUUACUACAAAGUGUGAUGUUCUUUAUAUUUUUUUUUAUUAAAAAAAUUGAUUCCUUUUUUUUGAUGAUUUCUUUUUUUUUGAUGAUUUCUUUUUUUUUGAGGUUUCGGUUUCUAUUGAACAAUGAUACAUUUUUUUCAAGUUUCUUUGUUUAUUUUGUUUUUGGUUUUGAAAGUUUUGAAGAAUUAUGAAUAUUUUUUAUUUGAAAUUUCUAAAGUGUUCAGCUUUUUCUUUUCUUUUUGAUUUGAAAAUUUAUGGUUUGUGUGAGUGUGAGUGUGUGAUUUUGACUUUUUGAUUUGGUUUUGGAUUUCUUUUUUUUUAAAGUUUGUGAUGUGUAAUCUUUUUGGUUUGAAAUUUCUCAAGUUAUUGGUUUUU